AUGAGCGUCAAAGACAUCGUUUAUGACGCGGUGGUAAAGGCGAUGGUCAGCGAUACGCCGAAGGAUGAUGAAUUCUACUGGCGGCUCGGCAAGACAGUAGCAGACUUGGUGAAAGGAGAGCGCAGGGAAGCGCACGCCAACGAAUGCGAUCAUCGCCUGUCGGCGGCGAUGAGAGAGCAGGUCAGAUCAUGCACCUUCUGGGGACAGAUCAUGCACCUUCUGUCAUUCGAGGACGCACGGCACGUGGCGAUGCAAUGUGGUGGUAUCCCAGUGCCAGCGUCAGAAGGCGGCGGAUCGGAUGGGCGCUCAGGUGCAAUGACUCCGAAGAGUAAACGAGGCUCGAAGAGAACGUCGAAGAAUGGCGAUGAGACUGAGCCAGUCGACGACCUUCCCACGGAAGGCGAUCAGUCAGCGAUAGCUAAAUUAGGUGAAUUAGUCGGAAAUUGA